CAAGGCACACGGCCGGACGUUGGGACUCCGGCACCGGCCACGUAGGACAGUACUAACGCUGUCGUGAACGAUCUCAAAAAUUUGCUGUACUUGUUUUCUUCGUUUCUGGCUGGGAAUUGUGCAGAAUACAAAGGUCUUCCUGAAUCCAAGGUCCUCGGCGAACUCGAUAUCUUGAUCCGAGUUCCGUUAUAUAGCAACCCUGAAGAUGGGAUUCAGACAAGGCGCUGUCCUUGCCUCAUGCUCUUUUUUUCUUGGAGUCCUCUUCAUAUGCUUCUUUGUUGAUUACCGCAUCCUGCAUCAGGAAUUGACAGAGGAGAUCGUUGAAGACGGCUUCCAAUUCUAUGCCACUUUCUUCAAUGCACCGCCCGCAAUUAAGGCGGUUCUACAUGGUUUCAUGGGGGUUGGUAUUUUAGGACUUGUUGCAAAACUGCAUAAAUAUGAUGAGAGUGCCAUCUUCUUCGAUGGAUCGAGUCUGGUGGGUUACGUUUUUGCAGUAGCUGUCUACCUUGCGGUGACAGUUCCAUCUUUGCGAACUGUUGUCACCCCCGUGGAUGUCGAUACACGUGCGGACCGUAUCGAAGCCAUGCGAAUACUCUCAGCAGGCAAUACCAUUAUGAUGGUAGUCCUUGGUGCCAUUCUAGUGCUUCAGGGCGGACAAGAAUACGCACGUCGUGCGGAGGUGAGAGAGCUGGCAAAGAUCGAGGAGGAGCUCAAGGCCAAAGUGAGUGCUAGUACUGGGAAAGACAAGAAGGAGUAGAUUGGCGGUCAGACGUUACUCAGUCAAGGCUUUUCCUGACUAUGGACAUUAGUGUUAUCAUCGAUCUAAAUUCCGCAUCUUGGUUUUAAGCUUAGUAUCGGGUUAUCUAGGAAUGUUUGGAACGAUGGUACUUUAGUGAUCAUUAACUGCCAAGUAUUAGUACUACUAGUAGCUGUUGAGUUUGGAUUAGUUUGUGUGUACUAAUCGAAAUCUUGGUGAUGUUCACAAA